AUGUCUAACCCCAAAGAUUUCAAGUUCACCUUGAAGGCCAUUAUAAACAAGCAAAAGACUAAGGUUCUUUACGUGGAGGCCGAUAGCGAUUUCGCAGAUGUGUUGUUGAGCUUCCUGACGUUGCCAUUGGGUACUAUCGUUCGAGUCUUGAACAAACACUAUGGUGAUGAGGCCCCUGUUGUAGGAAGCCUAACCACUUUGUACAAUGGCUUACGCAAUUUGGACAAUGGUUUUUUCUUGUUGGAGGACUGUAAGAACCUGCUGCUCAACCCGAUAAGGUCGUCUGAGGUUGAAUGUCGUCGGUUGAAAAUCAACGUUGACGACACGCCUCCCACAAGGUACUUCAUAUGUGGAGACACAAACUGUUUUCCGACUGUAAGCAUGUACUUCAGCGGAUUGAAAUGCGAUUGCGGAAAGCCGUUGGACAAAAACAUUUACGUGAGAGGCGUGGACGAUGGUGGCGGCGGGGUGUUUAUUGCAAAUAAUGGAUUUGCUGAAGGAGUUAUUAGUUUCUCGGGCACCACUCACGGAACUUAUUCUCCACCAAAAGCCGAUGAACCACGCGACAGGCAAGCAAAAUAUGUAAAAGGACAAACUAUGUAUAUGGUGACCGACGAUUUAACUGUGACUCCCUUGUCUUCCACCUCCGGCCUUUCCGUUUUCAAUAGCCUUAAAAUCCCUUUGUCCAAAGUCAAGGAACUCGAGCUGGCUGUUGGUUUGGAAGAGGCUCUGAGCAUACUUGAAAGCAUCUCUGACUUCGUCUCGCGCCUUAACAGAUGGCCUUAUCACUGCAUUUUUAAUGAAAAAACCGAAGCAAGAGGGCUGAAGAUAUAUGUGACCCCAGCUGGUGCUCGUGCAAUAGUUUUCAUUACUAGUCUUACUUUUUUGUAA